GUGAACUAUCAUGGCUGCUUACUUCUAGUGUUAGUAAAUUUGAGUGAAAGUUGUACCUGAAAUUGUGUGUACUUUUAGGGAUAUAUUACGACGGGUUUAUUUACAAUGAGAGAAGUUGUAUUAAGAUAAUCAGUGUUCAUAAAAUUCAUUUAAGUGUGUUCAUGUAGCUAAGAUGAGUGUUAAAACAGAUCAACUUCCCGAACAAGCUUUGACGACCUUGACUGCUGGCUCCGUGCCGUCUUGUCUGCGAAAUCGGAAUGAUCCCCCAAGAAAACAUCCCUUUGACAGGAGAGUAUCAUUUCCAGAAGAUGACCAACAGAUAGUCACUGGAUUUUUAGAGCCGGCAAAUCCUUGGGAAUUCGCCGAUAGUGUUACGAAAGAUGACUUGGUGGCAAAAUAUGUUUCUUCUUGUGAGAAACAUGGAGCAAGACCCAUAAGUAGGGUGAUUACUCAACUCCAGAAUUUAGACUACGAUUUGGACAGAAAUGAAAUGCUGGAUCUUAAAGACGAGAUGCUGGGACCAGCAGCUUGUGAGUCCCUAGAAGAAAUUUUGAAGAGAAUACAGUUCAUAACAAUAAAUCUAGAAGGCACAAAUCUUGAUGAUGAGUCGUCUGUUGCAUUAUUUGACAUGAUGGAGUAUUAUGAGUCAGCUGUGAGGUUGAACAUCACGGGGAAUCACUGCAUCGCUGCGAGAGGAUGGCAGGCUUGCUCUCGGAUGAUCAAACGGACCAAGUGCUUGGAGGAGCUAGACGCUAGGAACACAACUCUCAAUGAACAGUUUAUGCCGAUCCUUAGCCGAGCGCUGCGGCUGUCCACGCAGCUCCACGUACUCAAGCUGGAGAACUGCAACCUCAGCGGCCGUCCGAUAAUCAUCCUCGCUGCUGCACUCAAGCUUAACACGGGUCUCAAGGAGUUGUACUUGGGAGAGAACUACUUGGUACAGAACGAUGCGGCACAACUCAGCGCUUUACUGAAGGUCAACACGGUGCUACAGCUGCUAGAUAUAAGCAACAACAACGUACAAGAUGAAGGGUUGAACCACAUAGUGGAGGGGUUGUUGGAGCAGAGCUCUGCCGGAGGCGGUCUGCAGGUACUGGUGAUGUGGAACAACCACCUGAGUCGUAAAUGUGGUCCACACUUGACCCGGAUGUUUGCUGGAGUCCCGUCCCUCGAGACUGUCAACAUCGGACAGAAUGUGCUGAGCAAUGAGGUGUUACAAACCACCAAGCAAGCUCUCCAGCAGAACAGGUCGCUGCUGAGGCUAGGUAUGCAGUCCACUCACCUCAGCUGCGAGGGAGCCGUGGCCCUGGCGGAGAUUAUUGCUGAUAAUACCACCAUACAGAGGAUUGACCUGAGGGACAACAACCUACAGGUGGCUGGACUGAUGGCUCUGGUGUUGUCAAUGAGGGUCAACCGCAGUGUGUCACAGCUGGAUCUGGACGACACUCCUCGUCGCAAACACUCCAUGGGGCCGGCACUAGACGAAUACAUGAAGCUGGUCUCAGAGAUCAGAGGGCAUUGUGAGACCAACUCUAAGAGAAUGCCCCGGGAGGAGGAUAUCCCAGAGGUGAAGGAAGAGAGCCUCACAGUCAACAUAGAGAAGAGACCUCGGGCAGGCAGCUUUGUCACUAGGAAGAUCUCCCUGACCUGUGAGACACUAGCCAGGACACAGGCCAUCCCUCCGCCUGACUCUGCCUCACAGCUGUUGGAGCCCAAGCGAGGGGGUAGGCUGAGGAGCCCCGCCCCCUCCCCCAUCCCCAGCCCCGUCGCCAGUCCCUCCCCUACUCGCAGCAGGUUCCAAGUCUCGCGAGUGGCCGAGUCCGACUCACCCGUCACUCCCCCCUCGUCUUCCCCCAAUGUGUUCUUUGGCUCGGGCUCGAGAUUCAAAGUGACAGUGGUCGACUCGGGAGCCCCAGCCACUCCUACUGUGCUAACAUCUAACAACAUCACCGUCGGCUUUGAGACGCCCGCGGUGCUAUCGCCCAGUGUUUCUGUGAGCCCGGCGCCCUCUCCUACACCCAUUCCGGCUCCGUUGCUGUCCUCAAUUCCAUCCCUAUUUUCCACUCCUAUGCCGUCUCCACUACCCUCUCCCGGUGCUUCACCUAAUCCCUCUCCUACUUACAUUUCUCCGCUAUCGACUAUUAACGUAGGAGACACACACUUGUCCCCUAACCCGUCCAGUGGAUGCGGAGAGAACAAGACCUCUACCCCGUCCGUCCAAAUCAGCCAUCAAGUUUCUGUAAUAGUCAGCGAUUCGACUUUGGACGAGUCCGAGAAAGAUAAUUUUAAUGAUGUUUUUAUCGACUCUAAAGAAGAUAGCACAAGUAACAAUAUGAGAAGGGAUUUAAUAUCAGAUAGUACAUAUACCGGAUUGACAUCUAGCGAUACUCUCCUAGACUCAAAUAAAGUUGAUGCGAGCAAACCAUUCAAUUACACCGAUAGAAGUAGCGUCUCGCCUCCCAAAGUUUGUAAGAUGAGAUCAGAGUCUGAGGACAGUGAAAAAGAUUCGUACAUCAAUAGGAAGCUGCCUAAGGCGGCUGAUAGUUUAGACCUUUCGGCGAUAAGAGUAAUGAAACAAGCGUCGGUUAACGUACCUGAAAAACCUUCCACGACAUCGCAGAGAGUUAGGAAAAUAUCAUCGUGGGUGCAACCGAGUGCCAUGUUUUCUGCCAUCACCCAAGACGACACGGGGAAAGCCGGUUCUAGUUUAGAAAGACUUUUAGGACUCUUCACGAAUCCGUUUUCUCGAUCGAAAACGGAAGACGAACCCGCACAACUAGAACGCGUACCGGAGUUGGCCGAGGAUGUACCUCAGAAAUACGAUACAGCAGAAGUAAACUCCGACCCGAGGCCCAGUGUACAAAUAGAACGUAGCGUUUCACCCGAUACAUCACUUAGUGAAAACGUAACAAACAACGCUGAAAUUGAAGAAAAACAGGAUAGUAUUAAGGACUAUGUGUGCAAAAGCGUCAGAUGCGACAAGUCUGAGGAUAAAAGUGAUAACGUCGGCUGUCCGACCAGUAACGGCUGUGAGCCAAAAUGUGAUAAAGAUGUAAAUAUUUACAAUUACAACAAUAACGAAGAAGAUGCUAGUGAGGGAGUGAAGUGUGAGACGUGGCCACAAGGGACGAGUAUGGCGCAGCUCAGUUUGAUACACCAGGGACAGAGUCAGAGCAGUCCCUGCCUCACUGCGCUAGUCUUCCUCAAGGGGAACAACCUGUCAGGUAAACCACACUCACUCAGGGGACUACAAAGGAUUUCCCCCUCAUCUGAGGAUAAGGUGGACGCAGCAAACAACAUCUCCUUAGCGUUGUAAAUCCUUUAAGAAUGCUUAAGUUCCAAGAACGUAUACGAAAAGAAAGGAAUUUGUUUCUUUUUAUCUACUUAGUGUAUUCGAUGACUAAGUCUAACUUAAAAUCCAUAUUUUCUAAGCCAAGCUUAAGUCAGUGCAAUUUCCAAAAGUGUUAUUGAGAUAUUAUUUAAAAAAAACAUAAAUUGUGAUCGAUGUGUUUCAUGCAUUUGUAAAUUUUGCGCCCACUGCGAGCCUUUAAGUUUGACUAGAAUCGUCGAUUUCAGUAGCUUUUUCUAGUUGUUUUCAUAAAAUCCUUAAUUUGUGUCUUCUAUUAUUAAAUUAUUAAAGUUUAUACUGUUGCUUGUGAAUGUAAUUCGGAAGCAAGGCUGGAUUGUUAGACUACAGUUUGUCAAUCAAUAAGGUAACCGUACUUAUUUUACAACCAUUUUGUGUAUCAAUUAUUAUUUACAUUUAGAAGUACUUACAACAUUUGUUAUUAUUGUAAUGCAUUUCUUUUUCUAGAGGAGGUUAUAUUACGAUUAUUCUGAUUUAUUUCGCUCGUUAUUCCAGUAUCGGGGAUUAUGUGGGUUUGUGUAUCUGAACUAUUGUUCUAUUGUGAUUUUAAACUAUUUUGAAUGCAAAGUUACCAUUUGACAAUUUUGCUGAUGUGCUAAACUAUCAGAAACCCAGACUUGAGUCUGUUAUGUAUAAUAUUUGUUGAUGUUUAACUACUUCGUUAUUGUUGAUUAAUUACGUGAUGUUGACAGAUCCCUUUUGUUGUUCAAGUUACACAUUUUGGAAGUGUUGAUUUAUAACAAAAUGUAGGAUUUUAAAUUUUUAAAUGUAUUUUAAGUUUUUUUGAUAUUUUGUAUUUUUUAAUGAUCAGGAGCAAAUUAUAGGUGUAUUAAAAUAUAUAAAAAACAUUGAAUGUUUAUGGAAACUUGUAAAUAUAUGUAAAGUUUCUCGACCUUUUAGAACUGAAUACAGUUUGUAGACUAAUUUUGCCAGGUGUAUUUUAUCCGUCUUAAGCCAUAACUAAUUUCUUUAUUUCACUUUAAGCAAGUGUUCUUUAUAUGGAGUAUUAAAGCUAAAACUUGCAGACAUUAACAAGUUAGAAAACAAUUAUUGAGUUCAAAACUGAAACCAAGUACAAUGUUAAAUCAAUGAGUUACAAAUAUCAGUACAAGAUCUCGAUAACUAAUUAAGUACAUACUCGAUUGGUUAAGUUAAUAUGUACUGUAUAAGUUAAGUGGAAAUUCAUUGAACAACCCCACCAACAGAUAAAAAAAUACUAAGAUACUAAGUAGAAAAUGUAUUGUGUAAUUUUUCUACCACCUAGUUGGAAUUACGGAAGACUUGAUAAUCUAAUACUUUCAGCAGGAUAGAGUAAUGGAAUCCAUUAUACUGUAUUUUGUUCUUAAAGUAAUAUAGGGCAUAAUAAGCGGGUUUUAAGGAUUUUUUUUAGGUUAGCCGAUUACCCUGACCGGGAAAGAACUUACCCUCUUGGUACAAGAAACACAAACACUUAAACUUUUCUACUGUACAGUACACACAGUUGACAGCAUUUCAAACUGAAGAUAGUUUUAGAACUUAACCUUCUGCAUUUGUAAAUACUGUCAGUGAUGGUGAAGUAUUGCAAUUAUCUAUAUAUUGAAUUCCGUAGGCGAAUCGGUCCCCACAAAAUAUCUCGAGCUAGGAAAAAGGUAGCAUGGUUGUUAUGUUUUUUUUUUUUUUUACUAACUUCAGAUGCCCGUCACUAAGGAUAUGCUGAUGUGCGUAGGGUAGGAUUUUCCAAAAGGCCCGGAUGGCCUGGUUCAUGGGCGCAAGCUCCCAGGGUUUGCACGUAAAAAAAUAAUUAUGAAGAAAAAUCUGGAAGUAAAAAUAUAUGAGCAUAACUUAACAUAUUUUUGGAAUUAAUUAAAAAUCAGGUUAAUGAAGCAUUUGAGUUAAACUAUUUUUCAAUAUUAUACGUCAACUUUGUUAAAACAUUGAUCUCAAUCACAGAACUGGCUUGACUAUGACUGUAGGGAUGUCGUAGAGCAGUUUUGCCACUGCCACCAUACUGGCUCGGAGUGAUUAGGGGCAUAUGUGAGUGCCAAUGUUAUCGUCCAAAUCUUGCCAACAUAUUUUAAUAUAUUUGCGCAAAUGACUAAAUUGAACAAAACAUAAGUUAUUUAUAUUCGUUCUAAUCUUUUGAUUGGCCUAUGACUUUUGAUCAAGUUAGAAUAUAUAAUAUGUUUAGUUUAAUGUUUAAAACAAUUUGAGUUUGUCUUUAGCAAAAAAAACUAUAAACCUGAUUUUGCAAUGGGUUAAGGAAAAAUUCAAUACUCUGCGCAUCGCCAUUUCAAUUUUACCAUUUUCUCAGGCUUGAAUGGUUUUGUACGGUUGGACAAAAUAUAUUGCUUUAUUUUGCUUUGCGAAUUUAAUCUAGAUGCAGUAUCACGUACUGUUUGGAGUUCAUGUUUUUGGGCCUGAAAUUUGAAGCCAUUGGGGGAGUAGCAAUGGCCGUGCUUUGUUGCAAGAAUGUUCUGCGGGUUUUUUUUAUCGUUUUGUUUCAGUCCCACAAACUUGAGCUUACCCAUAUCAAAUUCAAGCGUUUCAAGGCGGAAUUUCGUUAUGCCCAGAACCAAGUAAAUUAAAAAAUAAAAUACCCCCGCCGCAGCAAACCUGCAGACUUAGCGAAUUUCCAUUUGCCUGAUUGGAUUUAAACUAAAAUGUCUCCUUAAAAAUAUCAUAUUUAUUCCCUAUUUAAACAGAAUUAGUUUAAUUAGUGCUUAGGUUUGCUGCAACAGGGAGGGUAAAAAGUUUUUUUUUAUGUAAAAUGUUAACAGAUACUGUGGUUUAGUUAGAAA